GAUUUGUAUGUUAUCUCAAAGCAGGCAAUAGCAGCAAAGCAGCAAUAAUUGGAGAGAUUGGAGCGCUCUAGUUCUUGUAAAUAAGUUUUGCCUGCUCCGUCCUCAUCGAUCACAAUUAUCAAGUUCCAGGUUUCUGGACCAGUGAUUGUCUGUGUUCCAUAGCUGGGUUCACUGUCCAACCCCAAAGGGCAGCCGGGCGCUGUGUCGGCACUCGGCAGUGGCCGGUUCCGCCGACUCCGGUCACAAUGGUGUAUAGCGACGCGACCUCGGAGAACCUCAGUCUGGUGUCGGGCCUGAACCCUUACGGCGGACCCGGCCCGGCGCGACCCGAACUAACAAGACCGAGUCUCGCCGCGGCGGCCAGCGUUUACCACGCUGUACCUGUAAGUCACUCACUGAGGAUGGCCGGCGACAGUUCCAGUCACACCUACUUCCUGGCGUGGCGUAACCUGCACCUUAGUCGCGCCAAGCUCAAGGCUUCCAGUCGCACUUCGGCCCUGCUCUCUGGCUUCGCCAUGGUGGCGAUGGUGGAGGUACAGCUGAGUCGCACCAUCCCGACCGGCCUGCUGGUGGCGUUCGCCAUGUGCACCACCCUGCUGGUGGCUAUCCACAUGCUGGCGCUCAUGAUCUCCACCUGCAUCCUGCCGCACGUCGAGGCCGUCAGCAGCAUGCACGCCGUCUCGGCCGUCUCCGAGUCGCCCCACUCCAAGAUGCACAUCUACAUCGAGAUGGCCUGGGUGUUCUCCACCGUGGUGGGCCUGAUGCUGUUCAUGGUGGAGAUCGCGCUCCUCUGCUGGGUCAAGUUCUUCGACGUCUCGCAGGAGGCGGCCUGGGCAUCCACCGCUCUACUGGUACCCAUAGUCUGCAUAUUCACACUGUUUGCGUUGCAUUUCUAUCGCAAACUGGUGUCCCACAAGUACGAGAUCACAGAGUCCGGUAUCCGAGAGCUGGAGAAGCUCAAGGGCCAGCUGGACCUGCCGGUGACGGCGGCGGCCAAUACGGAGAGCACGUACGCGCCCAGCGACCACAUGGUGUGAGCGACGCGCCGAGUGGCUACCGUAUGGGCGUCUGACACGGUGCGCCGCCUCCUACCGUGCAUCCUUGCCGCGUUCCAGCGCCUGGCGCAGGCAGCACUCGUCGCCUCCCCGUGGCGUGAUACCCCCGGAGAAUCCCAUGUGGGCCGUGGACGGAUCAGCUCUGAUCGGACAGCAGGGCGGAACGGGCUGAGAUGGUGCCACCAAUGGGCUACAGACGGGUUUGUGAUAGGCCUAGUGCCAGUGCUCGAGGCAAAUCAUGGAGUGUUAAAAAAGGACUGAUGGGGAUCUGAUGCUAUUUCGUGUAGCACCCGUUUUGUUUGUAUGCGUGUCUUCCAUAUACACUAUAGGUAUUUAUCAAAUAUAGUCAUUAGUCACAAUGUAUCACAUUGUGUUACAUCGUAUCAUUUUUUUUUUCUUGGAACGAAAGCUUUACGAGGUACCUAUUUUGCUAAUGCGACUGUGUUCAAGCCUGUUAGACCUUUGUGGUGUUCAUGCUUGGCCUCUGCAAUUACAAGCUGUGUCCACUGCUCCUUUAUUCGGCAAUAUAUCGUCUAUGUUGUCAACUAAAUA